GACGCGCACCCGAUCUUCGGCGGAGCCCAUGGAGCCGGCAGGGAGCCGCGGGGCCCAGGCGCUGCUGGGCGAGUUGGAGGCGCGGGUCCAGGACGUGGUGCGGGCGAGCUCCUGGUGGGAGCGCCACGGCGUGGACUGCGCCAUCCUCGCGCUCAGCCUCCUCGCCGUGCCGGCCGGGUUCCUGUGCCUGCGCUGUGACAAUGUCUUGGUCUUUGCCGUCGGCAUCACCAUCCUGGGCGUGUGCCACUACACACUCACCGUCAAAGGCAGCCACCUGGCCACUCACGGUGCCCUCACCGAGUCCAAACGCUGGAGCAAGAUCUGGGCGCUUUUCUUUGUGGAGGUAUGCACGGCCUUCCCUGCAGAAUAUGCCAACUACGGACAUGUCAAGAUGCACCACGGCUACACCAAUGUGGUGGGGAUGGGGGACUCGAGCACGUGGAGGCUGCCCUGCCUCAACCGCUUCAUCUACAUGUUCCUGGCUCCGCUCCUCAUCCCCAACAUCACCCCCUUGGUGGCUCUUGAGCGGCUGAGAAACCUGGAGCUCAGGACAGCUCUGCGGACACUUGGCCUGGUGUCCCUGGGCCUGUACUCCCACUACUGGCUGCUCCGGAACGUGUCAGGCUUCAAGAGCCCCAGCUCGGCCCUGGGCUGCAUGCUUGUCACCCGCUCCCUGCUGGCCCACCCUUACUUGCAUGUCAACAUCUUCCAGCACAUCGGGCUGCCCAUGUUCUCCCAGGACAGGAAGCCCCGGCGGAUCCACAUGAUGAGCCUUGGGGUGCUGAACCUGCCCCGGCUGCCGGUGCUGGACUGGGCAUUCGGCCACUCCAUCAUCAGCUGCCACGUGGAGCACCACCUGUUCCCCAGGCUCUCCGACAACAUGUGCCUGAAGGUAAAGCCUGUGGUGUCCCAGUUCCUCGAAGAGAACCGGCUGCCAUACAACGAGGACUCCUACCUGUCUCGCUUCCGGAUGUUUCUGAGUCGCUAUGAGGAUUUCAUGGUGAAGGCCCCCCCAAUCACUGAGCUUGUGGGGCUGCAAUGAGGUGGGGGGCAGGAACAGUCGCCCCUGCUCCCCCUCCCUGGCCCAACCCUGGCUCUCCCACUUCUGCUGGAAAUCCCUGGGGCCAGGAGGGGUGACUCGGUUGCUGGAGGGAAACUGGGAGGUGGGGGCAUUGGGUGAGCCAUGAGGCGGGGGAGCUCACGCAUAAGACCCUGGGGUUGCCUGCCCUGCUUGCUUUUCUGGGUUUCAAGGAGAAAUGAAGGUGGCUGUGUGCUCUGGUCAGCUUGGACCUUAGCCAACUUCAUCUCAGGACUAGCCUCUGGAGGGUUAAGGGAUGGUGACAGGGGCUGGGGAGAGGCGCUGUGAGGGGGCAACCAGGAGAAGGGGGGGGCCCUGAGAGGGAAGGGUCAGCCCCCUUGGGUAGGCCACCCUGGGGCCCGGAGAGCCCAUGCUUGGAGGGCCACUGCUUCUCCCAGGGCCCACAGGGGGAGGUCACUUUGGGCAGACUUUCCUAGGUUUUCAACCAGAGAAGCUUGAGCAAGAGAAUGGCUCAGCAGUUCCCAAGGUCCAGGGCAUCACUGAGAUAAAAGUUUGUGUGUUUCGUGGAGAGACCACUCCAGGGUCAAUUUCCUCAGGGGCAGAGUUGGGAAAGAGCAUGCCUUUGGCCAUGCAAAAAAAAUCUGUUUUGUUCCGUUAGGUUUAGAAGGAGUAAAUCUGGAAGACUUAUUAAUUGGGAGAGAGAGGAAUUCCUGGGAGGGUAGCUGAGGCUGGAAGGGGGUGUGGGAAUAGGGGCUGGAGGACAGACAGCUCAGAGAGGACAGAUGGGAGGAGAAGGACGGUGGGGUGCAGACGGGAGAGCUUGAAGUCAGGGACCGGGCUUGGCUGUGAGAGAAAGGCUUGCCACAGUAGGUGAUUAGCCUGGGAGUGAGAUGGGGACAUGAGGAAACCAGAACUGAUGUUGCCAGAGGGAGACGCUGAGGAGCUGGGGGACUCCAUCAAGAUUCAGCCCAGCGAGGGCAGCCUCGAGAGCGGGUUGGGGGCUCCCCUGGCCGGGAGGCUGGACUGAGGAGCUGCAAGGCAAGGGCCCAGCUGGACGCCAAGGAAGGGGCAAGGAAGGAGGGGAGGCCUAAGACAGGAGGCCAGAGCACUUAGUUUCAAACAGGGUUUCUCGACCUCGGCACUACAGAUUUUGAGCAGGAUAAUUCUUUUUUGGGAGGGCUGUCCUGUGCAUUGUAGGAUGUUUAGCAGCAUCCUCGCCCUCCACCCACCAGAUGCCAGAUGUCCAAACUGUGACAAUCAAAAAUGUCUGUAGACAUUGCCAAAUGUCCCCUGGUGUGUAUGCGUGUAUGUGUGUGCGUGUGCAAAACUGCCCCGUUAGCACCAUUGGUUUCAAACAUGCAAGUCAUGUUCUGAGUGCACAAUUGCCUUGCUUUUCAGUUAAGUCCUGGGAUGGGGUGAGGGAGUGUGCUGGCCAUUUGCCGAAUGCCAGCAAAUGUGGGCCCCUGGGAUGGGUGGAGGAACCAGGUGGCAGGUGAAGGGAUUCUUUAAGCCCUGUGCUUUUGGAGAACCCAUCUCUGGUGUGGCCUUAGGUAGCUCUCCUGGGUACUUGCCAUUUGCCCCUUCAGAUCCAUUCUCUCCUCCUCACCACCCUGCCUCCCUUUACCAAAGGCCACAGCUCCUGCCAGGCGCCCUCUGCUACAGCCACAGCUCUCACUUGUUCCAUAACUGCCCCCUCCUUCCGUUCCUUCAGGGCCUGGGGUGGUUGUGGUUCCAGCCGUUGUUAGCCUGAGAGUGUGUCACCGUCCCUUACUGGUUUCCCUUAACCCUGCUCACACUUCUGUAAAAAGUUCAUUCUUUAAACUCUCUUCAGUCACCCCUUUUGAACGUGCCAUCUGUUUUCCUCUGGGAGGCUGACUGAUAGAGCAGAGUUUUGGAUGCAGGCAGCCUUCUUGGAUCUAGGUAGGCCUGGCAGCCUCCCCAGCUGACUGCUUUGCUAUAAGUUACUGCUGCUCUUUUGAAAGGCAUUAGCAGCUGAGACGUGGCCUCAAGGUCUGGGAGAGCAAUUAAUCAAACUGCUAAUUCUCCAUAUGAAAAAUGCACUGUCAGACAAGGCCCCGGUUGCUUAGUCUUGGCUAAUGAUUGAAACCAAGCUAAUACACAACCAAUGACUCACUGUUACUCAUCUGGUGUGAGUGGGGAGUGGGCAGCAGCUGGAGGCCCUAGUGCCAGACCUGGCUGCAUGUUUCACGCCCCAGGAACAAGUCAUUCAAUCGCUUUGGGGCUCAAUUUUCUGUGAUUCUGAGGAUGGAGGCUGGGAAUGCAUGGGGUUUGAGAGGUGAGGGGAGCUGACCGGAGUGCCCUUUUAGCACUCUGCAGGGAGCUUAGGUCUAAUUUAUAGAGGCAUGGAAGGUGAUAAUGAUGAGGGUGAGGAGAGCGAAUGUUUAUUCAGCACUUAUUUUUACUGAAACUAUGUAAUCUCUUAAUCUUUACAACAAGCUGGAACUGUUUGUCCCACAUGUUCUAGAUGGUGAAAAUAAAGUUUGGAGAGAUUCCGUUUCUCAGUGUCAUAUAGCUAAUGGUGGAUAUGGUGGAAGAGGGAUUCCAACCUAGUGUGUCUGACUUCAAAAUCCACGUUCUUAACCCCCAGGUAUCUGGCCUCUGGGUAGGGAGCCCUGCAUGGCUUUCCAGGGUGUCUGAUCCUCAAUCUCCAUUUCGUCUUCCUAUGUGAAAGGCCAAUCAAUGACUUGAUCAUUAAGGAAAACUCUGUACGAACAUCCAUCAUCUGGGGAUAUAAGAGUGAAUGCCAUUCAGCCCCAACACUUGUGGAGGAGUUGGCAAACAUUUUUGGCAAAGAAUCUGAAAGUAAAUAUUUUAGGUUUGGUGGAUCAUAUUGUCUGUGGCACAACUAUGCAACUCUGCUGUUAUACCCCCAAGUUAGACAGUCAUAGCAACCAGAGACAAUUUGUUAAAGAAAUAAGCAGGGCUGUGUUCCAACAAAACUUUUAGAAAUCAGAAGUACUUACUUCUCUCCGUAGGAGGGAGUGGGAAUGACAAGAGGGGGCACAAGGCUGGGUCCUGGGAUGCUGACCAUGCUCUAUUCCUGGAUUUGGAUGGUGGCUACAUAGUUACACCUUGCAAUAAUCCAUCAAGCUGUACCCUUAUGACUUUCUAUAUUAUUAUACUUCAAUAAAAAGAUCAUUAAAAAUUGACAAGG